AUGGGACUGGCUGGGAGGGACAGUCACAGCAGGGACCAGGGGGCGUUCGCCACCACAAGCCCCCUGUCAUCAGUCUACAGUCUCAUUCGCAGUGUGUUGGUGGCAGCUCUGGUUUAUGGAUUUUCCCUUGGUGCAAUUUAUGCUCCAUGGGGAGAGGCGCAUGUGCCUGUGCUCUUCUCUGUGUUCUGCGGACUCCUCCUAGCAUUGUCGUAUCAUCUAAGCAGGCAGAGCAGCGACCCCACCAUCCUCUGGUCUCUGGUUCGAUCCAAGUUUUUCCCAGAGCUGGAGAGCCGGACGCCAGAAGAGCCCCCACUAGAGAUUAAAGACCCUCUUCCAGAGAAACUGCGCAACUCUGUGAAAGAGACGCUUCAUUCCGACCUAGUCAUGUGUCCUCUUAUGGCUAUCAUCACCUUUGCCAUCAGUGCCAGUACUGUCUUCAUUGCUCUGCAGCCUGCUCUCAGUUUUGUCCUCUACAUCUUGGCUGGGGUGGUGGGCUUCUUCACGCACUACCUCCUGCCACAACUCCGCAAACAGCUGCCGUGGUUCUGCUUGGCCCACCCUGUGCUGCGCUCUCGAGAGUACAGCCAGUUUGAGGUUCGAGAUGCCGCUCAGCUGAUGUGGUUUGAGAAGCUGUACGCCUGGCUGCAGUGCGUGGAGAAGUAUUUCAUUUACCCGGCUGUAGUGCUUAACUCCCUGACCACCGAAGCUCACACUGUCAGCCAAAACCCGGAUAAACCUGGCGCCUAUGGCCGUGCUCUGUUCAUCUCAGUGGCUGGAAUGAAGCUGCUUCGUUCGUCAUUUUGUGUCCCGUCUCAGCAGUACGUCACCCUGUGCUUCACCGCGCUCUUCUUCCAAUUCGACUACCCUCACUUUUCACAGACCUUUCUCCUCGACUACUACUGCAUGUCCAUCCUCUUCAGCAAGCUGUGGGAUCUGCUGUAUAAGCUUCGCUUCGUGUUGACCUACAUUGCACCUUGGCAAAUCACGUGGGGUUCUGCGUUCCACGCCUUCGCUCAGCCAUUCGCUGUUCCUCGUAUCCUUACUCGCGUUAUUCUCAAGCUGGUCUAAAUGCUGAAGUUUACUUUAUUUUUAAUAUAUCCCUUAAGAAACUCUUUUAUAGCACAGCAUUGCACUGCACUAAGCUACAGUUCACUCGAUGUUCCUCUACUCCCUUUGGUGGUGUUCACACUAGGUUUGAUCAAUUGUGAUUUCACCCCCCAGGUCUCCUUUCA